AUGGUGCCCCUACCAAAGCCUGCAGUUCAGUACGCUUGCGUGGAAGGGGCUUCCGUCAGCUGCGACUAGAAAUGGUGGAGAAGAAAACUUCAGUUCGCUCCCAGGACCCUGGACAGCGGCGGGUGCUGGACCGUGCUGCCCGACAACGCCGCAUCAAUAGGCAACUUGAGGCCUUGGAGAAUGACAACUUCCAGGAUGACCCCCACGCAGGACUCCCCCAGCUUGGAAAGAGGCUACCGCAGUUUGACGACGAUGCAGACACUGGAAAGAAAAAGAAGAAAACCCGAGGUGAUCAUUUUAAACUUCGCUUCCGAAAAAACUUCCAGGCCUUGCUAGAGGAGCAGAACCUGAGCGUGGCCGAGGGCCCCAACUACCUGACUGCCUGUGCGGGACCCCCAUCCCGGCCCCAGCGCCCCUUCUGUGCUGUUUGUGGCUUCCCCUCCCCAUAUACCUGUGUGAGCUGUGGUGCCCGGUACUGCACUGUGCGCUGUCUGGGCACCCACCAGGAGACCAGAUGCCUCAAGUGGACUGUGUGAGCCUGGUUGUUCCGGGAGAGGAAGGCCCUCCAGGCAUACCCUGACCUCAAGGGAGAGCAUCGCCAAACGCAGGGUGCUCCUUCGGGACCAAGAGGUGCGGUUCACUUGCCUAACAAAACUUGUGUCUUACCCUUCAGGAAAGAGCAGUCUGGACUGUCGGGGACUGUGAGCUGAUAGAUCACUGUGUAAUAAAAGGUCUCAUGCGAGGAGAAGCUGACCUGUUUGGUCACAUAGUAUUGUGGGAGUGAGGUUCAGGGUCACUUGUCUCCUAUUCUCUGCCAUGUGGCUCUGUCUCUCUGUUUCCUGUCAAUCAGCCCCUCACUAUCUGCCCCCCUGGAUCCUAACCAUGAAAUACUUUGUGCCAUUCUCCUGCCACCGCCAUGUCUCUGCAUUUCUUGGCUACUUUUAGAUACCACUUUUUUUUUUUUUUAAUUUAGUCCUUUGUUUUUGCUUCUUGUUAGUCUAGUUCCCAAGAAUAUCAUUUGAGAGCAACUAGAUUCUUGCACUGGGAGUCAGCUGGGGGCAGAGGUAUCUUACUGCAGGAGGAGCCAGCCCUGUCUUCAGCCCUGGUACUUUACCCAGUGGAAGAGCUUAGCUGCUCUCUUUGGUGCUGCCAGGCUGAGGGAAGAGCUGACCCAAGUAAGCUCUUGUUAAUCAGGGGCUGUUGUAUGUGAAACUAUUAGCAACAGAGAAAACCCAGAAGCUUCUGGGGACCCAGGGUAAUUCAGUUUAGAGAGUCCUGCUCUUGGUGACCCUGUAUCUGGGACUCUUGUAGUUUUAGAACUCCAUCCUUAUACAUGCCUUCUCUAAGUGGCUUGCAAGCUGGAAGAGUGUAAACUCCUUGAAAUUGCUGUCGUAAGCCUGCCGCCACUGGAACAGAGCAAAGCAGGUGGUUAGGAAGUGUUUGUUGAAAAAUGACCUCAAUGUGAAUAUGAAUGAGAUCCAGCAAAACUGGUGUUAGACAUCUUUUUCGACUAUUCUCCCCUUGUUGGGGGGCUUCCCUGAGGAUCGUCUAAGUGUCCUGGUGUCAUCCUGAGGAAAUGCUUGCCCUUUUUCCGCAGACUUGCAGUUGUCAAGUGGCUUGGUGACAGCUGCAUGGAUAGUGGAGAGGACAGGGAUUGUGGUGGUUUAAAGAUGGCUGUGAAUUUUUUGACUAUCCUUUCAUGUAAAGGUGGGGCCUUUUCUCCUGGGUUCUGGGUGAACUUGUGUCUGCUUCAGCCAGUAGACAGUGGCAGAAUGAGACCACAUGACGUUCGAGGCCAGGCUGUAAAAGACAGUGCAGAGCCUGCCUUGCCCCUGGCACUCUUGUUACUGGAGCCCUCAGCCACCGUGUCCAAGGCUGUCUGCGAGGAAGCCCAGUGUUCCUGUUGACUGACCCAACGGAGAUACGCCUUCUAGCUGUCCUAGGCUUCCAUCACCAGAGUGAAGAUGCAUCCUGGUAACUCCAGCCCCUGGGUAUCAAGUCACUUAGCCCCUGGAGUCUCCCCAACACCAGGCAGCAGACACAAAGCCAUCUUUGCUGUGCCGUGUCUCAGUUCCUGGCCAAGACCGCACGUAUAAUAAAGUGGUUUAUACCAGUGAGUCCUGGGUGGUUCAUUGUGCAGCAGCAGUAACUGGGACACCAGGAAUCCAAUUUGCUGGCUGCUAACUCCAGCCUAUCUUAUUGUCUCUUUCCCAAGAAGGGAAACUUCCCUGGGUCCUAACCUUUCUAUUUUCUUCUUCACUAAGAUUUUUGUUCCUUUCAUGAGCAAAAAUAGGAGAGAUUUUCUUGGCAGAGUAACAGCGUCUGUGCUUCACUGUGAUCACCUGCGUCCCAGUUUCUAUCAGAUUUGAAGAGUCAGCUGUUUCUUUGGUUUAUUUCCUAAAUGCACCGACUUUGCUUCAUAUUUUGUUUUGAUAGAAUAACUUAGAUGAUUCUAUCAUUCUGCCUGCUGUUAAGAUUUGUCUACUCAAUGAUGCACUCAGCUCUCCCCAAGUUGGUGAGACAGAGCCAGACACAAGGCCUCCUUGGUCUCUGCUGCUCUAAUGCUGACAGGUCCACCAGUUAUCCCUCUAGGAAGCUGGUUCCAGGAUGUCUGGACUCCCACUUAAAGCCAUAAUGUUCCACGGAAAACCUCAAUCAAAUUUUACCAGCUUCCUGUGUUCUGGAGUAGACUUGGUCCCCAUCUUGGAAGAUGCCUGGGUCUUUGGGGAAUCUCCAUAAUGCUAAAAGCUUCUAGAUGCUAGAUCCAGUGUCAGUCCCUUCCUGGGUAUGUGGGCAGCAGAACCUCAUGCUUGGAUCAAGAAGACUGGGGAAUGGGGGGCUUGAACCUAAAGACCUCAACGAGCAUUGAAUUUAAUUGAUGUAGGGCCCUCCCUGGUGGCACAGCACCGGAAGCCAGCCACAGCCGCUUCAGUGUGAGUUCUA